CCUCCUCCCCUCCUCCCCCUCCUCCGCUCGCCAAGAUUGGCCGGGAAACCCACCAAUGGGGAGCUCGGGGAGGCGGGCCCAGAGCGCGGGCUGGAGGAAGAAAAGCGAAUUUCAAGUUGGCCGCUGCGUGGGCCCCGGAGUGGGGGAGGGACGGCAGGUUUUUCUCCCUGGAUCUCUGAGUAUCCAGGCCCCCUCCACCAUGGCCAGCCGGGGUGGGGGCCGGGGUCGUGGCCGAGGCCAGUUGACCUUCAACAUGGAGGCUGUGGGCAUUGGGAAGGGUGAUGCUUUACCCCCACCCACUCUACAGCCUUCUCCACUCUUCCCCCCCUUAGAGUUCCACCCAGUGCCUCUGCCCGCAGGAGAGGAAGGGGAGUAUGUUCUGGCACUGAAGCAAGAGCUGCGUGGGGCCAUGAGGCAGCUCCCAUACUUCAUCCGGCCAGCUGUCCCCAAGAGAGAUGUGGAACGGUACUCAGACAAGUACCAGAUGUCUGGGCCAAUGGACAAUGCCAUCGACUGGAACCCUGAUUGGAGGCGUCUACCCAGAGAGCUCAAGAUUCGAGUUCGGAAACUACAGAAGGAACGGGCCACCAUUUUACUCCCCAAGAGGCCCCCUAAGGCCAUGGAAGAUAAGGAGGAAACAAUACAGAAGCUUGAGACUCUAGAGAAGAAGGAGGAAGAAGUGACUUCAGAGGAGGACGAAGAGAAAGAAGAAGAAGAAGACAAGGAAGAGGGGGAAGAAGAGGAGUACGAUGAGGAGGAGCACGAAGAGGAAACUGAUUACAUCAUGUCAUAUUUUGACAAUGGAGAGGACUUUGGAGGUGACAGUGAUGACAAUAUGGAUGAGGCUAUAUACUGAAAAUCUGGGCCCUUAUAUCCUUCUUAAUUUUUGAUAUAGAAUCUAAAAUUAUUUAGGGUUUUUCCUGUUUUUGUUGUUGUUUUUGAGACAGGAUCUCACAUAGCCUAGGCUGACCUGGAACUCAGUAUGUAGCUGAGGUUGACCCUGAACUCUUGACCCUCUUACCUCCACCUUCCAAGUCUUGAGAUUGCCCGCACCAUCACACCAGACUUAGUCAGAAUCCAGGUGGCCUGCCUGUUCCCUGGGGGUUGUGAUGAACAGCAAUGACAAAUCUCUGUGUCACAUCUCACAUUUGGGGAAAAGACUGAUGUCUUGGUAUGGAAGCAGAGUUGAGGUGUAACUGGGUUGCUAGCAUGGAGACAGCUGUGUACACACCUCUACUUGAUUCUUGUAAGCCCUUGUGGACAUACUUGGGGUGGAAACAGUUAAGAGGAGUAAGGCCUGUUUUGUAUUUUUAAAUAAAAUGUUUGUAUCUGUC